CGCGUCAGCAGGCUUCGAGCUUUCAGCCUGACGGAAUCGGGUCUCCGAGACGUUUCCCGUCCUUGGGGGGCGGAGAAGGUGAAGGAGCUAAGUGGGUGCCAACGAAAACUCUCAAGAUUGUCCCUACUCGGGAGACACCCCAGGAAGAGGAAAAGGAGACGAAGGACAAUGCAGACCUGUAUGAAGUUGCUUCUCCUGGUAAGCCUGUCAACACCUGUGGCAGGGAAUCAGAUCUUACACUGGUGGGCGAUCUACAUGGACCCCCCAUGGCCUCGAGUAGUAGCUUGGGGUGAACAGUUACCUAACCUUGUAUUCCAGGGGACUGCAUCACAAAUGGUGAGGAAUGAGUUUGACCUCCCCACACAAACUAAUGUGACUUCAUCGUCAGUAAAAUACAACUUCACAGGACUGUCCAUGCGGCAGCCGCUUUGUUGGUCCUGCACCAACAACGUGGAGGGCUGCAUACAACUGCAGAACGUCACCCUUGCCAUGAACAUUCCCGGCAUGGGGCCACACCACAUUCACCUACUCGGCGGACAGGGGACGCCCUGCUCUAAUGCCACCUCCCUGCGCGCGGGGGGUCUGGACAAAUGUAAGGUGAACAGUGACUCUGGUUCUGGCUGGCCUCGUGUGGAGACUUGUGUAGCGGCACACCGCCACUGCAUGAACUUUAAUGGGACUGUUGUUCAAUCAUGGCAUGACACUUACACAUGACAAUUCUACUUACAACUGGACAGUAAUCAGAAACCACUUGAAUGGUCUAUUCUUAAACAAUACAAUAGAAUCUGACAUUGAAACUUUAUACAGCUUAGCCUCUGAAAUAAAAAAGGCUUCUGAACAGGACUUGGAUCCUGACAAAACAGCAGAGAAAAUCAUACAUUGGUUUGAUAAUGCCUCCAAUUGGUGGGGGUCAUUUGAGUAUUGGAUUAUAUUGAUUGUUGUAGCAUGCUUACUUUUAUGCUGCUUGCCUAUUGUAGCUGUAUGCCUCUUGAAAGUAAUGAUCUCCAAGUUCAAAAAUGUUAUGUCUCAGCUACAAGUGCUGAAAGACACUCACCCACAACGACGCCUUCUUUAAAACAAAAAGGGGGAAUUGUUAGGGUAAAUGUCUCACGGUCUCAUGAGAGCUCUGU